AUGUCAGCCGUAGCGAUCUUAUCUACCAAGGCGCUCGUGACCUCCCUUCUCCGCCUUACAAUCGUGUCCAACAGUCUAUGGAGGUUACCAUAUCUCACCGACACAUAUACAUCUCUUCUGAUGGUCUCGUUUGCAACUCGGUCGGUGACAUGUUGCAACCAAGACAGUGGGCCGCGGCGCCCGCCCGUAUAUGCCUCCCCAUUAACUCAACAUCCUCCCUCUCGUGACGCGUUCGCAAGCCCAAGUGCAAAUCGAAAUGUGGCAGCCAUCGAGUUUGCUGCGUUCGCAAACGGCCUCACCCAUCGAGACGUGGUGGUCGUCACCAACAAUUACACUGGCGAUCGUUUGAAUUUUGGUCUAGCUAUGGAGCAUGCUCGUGCUAAACAUGCAGGACUGAAGGUCGUGAGCAUCACGGUGCUAAAUGCGGACGACGUGUUGCAUGUGCAUCAAGCCAAUCAAGAUGGGAAGGCUGUGAGACAGUCGGUCUCAGAGGUCUCAGAAGAAACAUAUGUAUGCAAGGUCCUUGAUGUCUAUACAACGCCCGGUGGCAAAGGGGCGAGUCGCCCCAGUCCCACACGUUCACAUGCCAAGUGUCUUGGUGACGUGCUGGUUGCACACUUGCAUAGCAUUGCUUUUCAACUGGUUGCCGAUGGCCACGUUGAAGUGGGACUCGGUUUACACAUUGAACCGGGCGUCCGCCGUGCACCGUUGGAAUCCUCUCGUUGGUUCGCUACCGGGAUGUUGUGCCUGGCGAGUUAUAUGGCGGAGAACGGAACAGAGCAGAGAUCUACCAGGGUGAAGAACAAUCUUGACGGUGUAUCGCAACUUGAAAUUGGAGCAGUAGUAGAAGAAGUUCGGGGCGUUCCUGAGUCACCUGCCGAAGAUGAAGCGCAGGUGGAGGCCUUACUGCGAACCUUCACUUCUCCCUCUAGAAUUUCUCAAUCCUCGUCUGAUGGGGGUUCGACUUCGCAGGGUUUGGCUAUCCUUGCGGCCCUCGACUAUGGGAUGCUUGAUUCAGUAAGAAUAGUUCCCGCCGCAUUUGUGAGUAAGGUGGGGGUAAGAUACUGGAAGGGAGGUGCUGCUGGUGCUCGUGCUCCACUGCAAGAUGCUGUCGUGGCUGUGGAAGAAGGUGCAGAUCGAUCAGAAGACCCGGGGAAUGAAGAAACGAUCGAUAAGGACGGGCAUUGUAUAAAUAUCCAGGUCACAUUUAAGACUACAAGGCUUAGUCCUGCACGUGACAUCAUCGCGGGCGCCGCUGCCGCACCCUUGUCCGUGACUGCCAUGAUCCACACCUUCAAUCUGAUGCCUCUAUAUUUGUGGACCUACAAGAGCUCAUACGGGACCUCCUGUACGAACCUCCUGUAUGAACCUUCUGCGAUUCUCGCCACAUCCUUGCCAUGUAUGGACAGGCUCUGA